AUGGGAAAUAUUACAAUCCUCGGCGCCGGCAUCACCGGUCUCGCCACGGCAUGGAUCCUCCGCUCAAAAGGCCACACCGUCACCAUCAUCGCCCGGGAUCUCCCACCCAAAGACGGUCAGCCCAUAGACCUCGACACCGCUUCCAAGGACUGGGCAUCUCCCUGGGCCGGCGCCUUCUACAUGCCCGACAUCAACACCACCCCGCAGCAGCGCCGCAUGCAAGCCCUCACCCUCCCGCACCUCUUGCGCCUCGCCGACGCCGAUGCCGCAUCAUCAUCCACGAACAGCAUCAACAACAGCAGCAGCAGCAGCAUCCGCCGCAUCCCCAUCGACGACAUGCGCGACGACGGCGCCCGACUCGCCGACGUCUGGUACGCGGCGCACGUGCCGGGCUUCGCGGCCAUGCCCGCCGCGGAGCUGCCGGCCGGCUGCACGCUCGGCGUGCGCUGGCAGACGGUGGUGCUGCAGCCGGCGGUGCUGCUGCCGUGGCUGAGGGCGAGGCUGGAGGAGGAGGGGGGGGAGUUGGGUGGCAGGCCGGUGAGGUUUGUUCGGCGGGAGGUGCGCAGUUUGGAGGAGGCGGUGGGUGCGGUGGGUGCGGCGCCGUGCGACGUGCUGGUUAACGCGGCGGGGAACGGGGCGAGGGACCUGCUGCUGCCCAGCAGCUCGACGUUUCCUGCCGGAGAUGGCAACGGCGGUGAAAAGGCAAAGAUGCAGCCCGUCCGCGGGCAGACGCACGUGGUGCGCACGGGCUGGGACCGCGUCUUCAUGCGGCAGGGGUCGCAGUACACGUACUGCAUCCCGCGGCUGGACGGCACGGCCGUCGUCGGCGGCGUCAAGGGCGCCGGCGCCGACGACGUCGACCCGCGCGUCAGCGAGGACCAGCGGACCGACAUCUUCGGCCGCGUCGGCGACAACCUGCCGCACGUCUUUGCGGCUUUUCCCGCCGACUUUGACGUCGUGAGGGACAAUGUGGGUUUCAGGCCGGGGAGGGAGGGCGGGCCGAGGGUGGAGAGGGAGGUGGUGGGGGACACUGGGUUGAAGGUCGUGCAUGCUUAUGGUGUCUCGGGCAGUGGCUAUGGCUACAGCUUCGGGCUGGGAGAAGUCGUAAGCGAGAUGGUAGACGAGUUUUUACUCGAUUCUCCAUCAAAGGCAAAGCUAUGA